AUGGUUUCAAGCCGGAUCAUGAUGAAUUUCUUCUUGGUGCUGAUGCACUUCGUUGUUUGUAAAAGCCGCGUCUACAAACCUGGAGUCCUCCCGAAUCCUCCUUUUAAUUACUGGGCCGUCGCUAAAAGAGGAUGUAAGUAAUAGUUAUAUGGACUUGACCUCAUCUAUCAAGAAAUGAGUCAUCAAAACGAAAUAUUACUUUUCUCGUUUCAAGUAUGUCCAGAAGGAGGAGGGGACCAAAACGCUGGCUGUGGAUAUUGGAAGAAGCUGGGUUACUGUGCACCAGAUCAAGCAUACGCCAGUUUUAUGGCAGACACAUGCCAGGCUUCGUGUGGAAUGUGUGAAGGUUUGUUUUGCUGACUAGGACUAGGAAGGCCAUCCAAGGCAGGCCAAGCGAAGACAGAUCUGAUAAGCCCUGACUGUAGCCACUCAGUUUACACAUACAAUAAUUCCAACUGUAAUUUGUUCAUGGAUGUGUUCAGGUCUAGGCUUGCAUUAUGGAAUUUAAAAUACUACAUAAAUUUUUUUCAAAUGCAAGCUUUCAUAUAAAAGCGUUCAAACAGACCCGAUAGUAUAAGUUCAGUGUUGUUCUUUGCCCCUAACGGCUAUAAAAGACAUUUAGAUCAAUAAUAAAUACCUUGGGUAUCUCCUUUUAUCUAACAAGAACAAUUUUUACGGAUUUUCUAAAUCAAAAUCGUCCUUCUAACUUUAUUUUCUUCUAAUAAACCUUAUUCUAUUCAAAAGAAAACUUCAGAUAGCAAUAACAAUAACAAACAGCAAAAUAAGCGCAGAGAAAAUGCAGAUAAAAUUUGGACAAGAGAAACAUAUAGCAACUGCAAUUGGAUUGACUCAACAGCCAGACCUUUUCUUCUCCACGCAGUUUAAAGAUCUUUAAAAAACCAUUAAUAAUUCACAAAGAAAAAACGAAGGAAAUUAAUGUUUAAUGAGGGUCUUUAUAUAUAUCUGAUAAAGACACGGCUAAACUUUACGUCCAACUUUUAGACCAAAAUAACCCCAAAUCUAAAUAUUAGUGCAGGAAUGAGUUGAUCUAUGCCGGAGAUUUUGAGGCCGUUCAAAAAACUCCCAGUCGUAUAUUAAUUAUCCCUGAUAAAACACUCCCUCUCGUUUUUUAAACACUACUUGAGUAGUUAUUCUCGGUCUAUGAUUAACCCUUAUAACGAUUGAUUUUGAUGUCAUGAGUAGUGCUAACCCACAAUUGGUCCACACAUCCGGGACAUUUUUGUUACCCGCGAGAAAAUUGAAAUCCAUUCUCAAUACCAGAAGGUCAGACGAAAGAGAAAAUGGCCUCAAGAUGGUCGGCUUUUACUGGGAAUAUCAGACGAGUUUGCAGGCUAAAUAUGCGUAUCUGCAGACUAUUUUUCUAGAAAACAGAAUUUUUUUCACGCUUUUUUUAUGUCUAAGCCUACGCUAACAUUCAAACUAAACUCUUUUUCAGCCCGUCCUACUCCAGCACCAAGACCUUUUACAGUUAAAGGUAUCAAUUGAACAAGGCUUAUAAUAACAUCUUUAGCAACGAUUACUAACAUCUUAUUAAACAAUGAUUGGGCGUUUAUAGCUGUAGUUACCUUUGAAAGCCAUUAGCUAAACCGCUAAAAUUAUUUAUAACUUAGGCUACCACAGAUCUAAUGCAAAGAUUCCGUACGAUUUCCAGGGCAGGGAGAUGAACAUACUGAGGACAGUUAUCAAAAGCAUUACCUUUUCAGACUAUAACCUGUAGUUGGAAAUCUUACUGUCUGUAAAGUAUCGUGUCACAACAAAGACAGUCAGCCGUGGUUUAUAAGAAAAUGGCCAAUCAUUAUAAUACAUCCAACAAAACCAUAGCAAUGCGUGGGCCAAGUUUGUGGGAAACCAGAGCAGCUUUCUUGAUUGUUGCCUUUUAUGUUGGCAAACUUCUGAUUAAGUCCGUCUGCGAAACAGCACCGAAAUCCUUGUCCUGCCCCCCUCCCCCCCCCCCCCCGUGUACCAGGAUUUGAGUACGCGCCUUGAUUAUCAAUUUUCUAAUAAAGUUCAAGGGAAAUUCAAAACGCAUUUCUGGCAAGUCGUUGAGUCCACGGAAGUUCCAGAACAAUGAUAUCAGGGAGCUUAAGCAAGGACGACGGCGACGGCAACGAGAACGGCAAAAAAGCGAUAGGUUUAAAUUGGCGAAAAAACAACUUUGCACGUGAAUCACGCUUUUUUGUACGUUUCUUUGCCGUCACUGCAUGACAACGACGUGAAAGUGCCUAAUUUCACGUUUUCUGGGGGACGUGAACACAAGACGACGACUAUGUUUUCCUUUUCCUGAACUUCGACACUGUCCCUUAGCUAUAGAAUUCAACUCCAGAAAAAUUUACCAACAUUUGAAGAAUUAAACGAGGUGGAAUAAGGACGAUAAAGUUUAAAAUAGCGCGGAUUCACUUUUUACGAAGUUUUCAUAGCCGUCGCCGUCGUUGUUGCUUAAGCUCCCUAUUGUCGCUGCUUCACAGACGUUACUAACAGGGGUUAGAUUACGACUGCGACGCAGGCUACCUUUUAUGUUUUACACCCUAUAAGGAAUGAUUGAUUCGCUUUGCAAUCUUUAGUCAACAUUCGUGAAUGCCUUAAGGCACAUAAUUCCAAGCGUGCAUUGCAUAGAGCAAGACCGCUGAUCUGGGACAGUUUACUGGCUAAAAAGGCACAAGCGUGGGCGCUAACACUUGCAAAGAAAGAGAAGAUGGAGCAUGCUCCAUGGAGUGGUGCUGGAGAGAAUCUGUUUUAUGGAGCCAAUAGUGGCGGAAAACGCGGUAACUGUAAAGAAGCUGUCGAGGCUUGGUAAAUCAUUUUUAUGUCAAUACCUACUCAUAUCGUUAUACCUAUUAUUUUACAUACAAACCCUUAUACGAAGUUGCCAAAUACCAGCGAUAUAUAGAGGAUAUUACACGGCCGCGCUGAGAUACGACAUUUCUCUUCGAGUGUUUAAAAAUAUUUCACGAGUGAGCGCAGCGAACUAGUGAAAUAUUUUUUCAACACGAGAAGAGAAAUUUCGUAUCUCCAAGUGGCCAUGUAAUGUUCUAUUUAUUAUAUAAACACCAAUGAAAUACCAAACCAUUUCAAUAUAAUAGUUUUUUGGUGUGAAAAGCGCGAUUUAUGAUGUAUCCAUAGCAACGGUGAUAUUUUCACAUGUGCAGAUAACAUGUUAUUUUUACAUGUGAAGAUGUCAAGUUUUCGCGCGAAAGCUCACCUGGUAUUUAAUUGGUGUUAAUAUAAUAAACUAGAACGUAAUAGUUGACACUACAGCUGCCCCUGCUCUGUAUAUUGUCGGUCAAUAACAUUCUUCCUCGUUGUGAAGCACUUCGAAAGACACCGAUUCAUAAGGAAGAUUUUCACAAAUAUUCCAUACAAUAGGUGAGAUAGAUACAGGAAACGCAAGGUUCCAUGCACAGUUUCAGGUCGAUUUACACACACAGCUUUGUUCAAAGCAUUCUCAGUUUCGAGAAUAGUUUAUUCUAAACCAUAAGAAAAGGUUUAAUUAGAAGUCGAAUUUUUCGCUAUUUCUCUUUCUCUUUUUACAUUCAGUUCAUUGUAUUUGCCGGAAAGGAAGCCUUAGAGAGUAAAAGGACGUUUGAUCAAUUCACGCUCGCGCAUUCUAGUCUUAUUUUAAACUUUAUAGCGGAAGGACAUCUGUGAGCAGGGAGUAAGCCAGCAAAGAAUUUGAUUCUCGGCGAAUUUCUGUAAUCGUCCAUCGUUCUGCCAGUGAUAAGCUAGCCGUUGUUCACUAGUCUUGCUUGUUUGGGGCUGAGUCUUACUCCGGUCAAAGAGAGACAAAGAGUGUCUGGCAAGGUUUCCAAUGAAAGAUUUGUGAACUCGUAUCUGGCAAACUCUCCAAGUGUUUAUAUAUACACAUAUAUACGCACUUUAUAACUUCUUCCUGCGAUUAACGAGUGUCGUUAAAAUUUUGGUCCAUAACUUUCACUGAAACAACUGCUCCACAGAAUGUCACUGAUAACACGUAACGCAAAAGAGUGUCGAAGUAUGACUCACAAUAAAUGUCACAAAACCUACCUAAGCGGUCCCUUGGGGAUGUUCUGUGUCUUUACGUCAUCCGAACCAUUUCGUACUUGCGGGCGCAAAUAAAAGAAACGUCAUCAUUACCUACCGAUUCCUCGCGGCCCCUGUUCAAGCAAAUAGUGAUUUUUUUCUAUAUUGACUGUAUGACUGUAUAUUUCAGCUGUAAGUACUUUCCUUAAUACAUGCGCGAGCUACUAGAGUGCCUCCUCGGGAUUUCACCCAGGGGCAAUUACAAUUAUUCACUGAAGUGGAGGGAAAGAAAAAGUGGCCCAACUUUUUUGCAAGUUUCAAUCUAUAUUUAUGCUUGCCAUCCGUUGCAACAGACGAAAGGAAAGAAUCUUAAUGCCUAAACACAGUAUUAGAUCGUAAAGCUGGACCAUUAUUUUUGGAAACUAUCAAUUGACUAAAACACCCGUUUUAGCAUUUCAUUUUUUAAUGGAAAGUUCCUUAUCUUUGUUUAUCCUCAGGUAUGGAGAAGUGUCUGACUAUCCCUUCAAGAAUCCACCAAAUACUAUUUGGGAUAAUCCUCGAGUUCAAAUAGGACAUUUCACUCAGGUGAAAUAUGUCAUUUUGUAACAGACAGCUUAUUUGCUUACUGUACUCAACAUAGAAUUCAAGUAUUUUGUCUCGAGACUCAACGUAUCAACGUGAGUCGACAUCCACAUUUGCAGACGGACCUUCGAUUAUUGCUACUUUCAUGCUCAUCAUCGUCAUUAAUCAUUAUCGCCAUCUUGAUCAUCAUCAUCGUCAUCAUUAUUAUUCGCACCACCAUCACCAUCACCGUCACCAUUACCAUUAUCAUUAUCAUCAUCAUCAUCGUCAUCAUUAUUAUUAGCACCACCAUCACCAUCACCGUCACCAUUACCAUUAUCAUUAUCAUCAUCAUCAUCGUCAUCAUUAUUAUUAGCACCACCAUCACCAUCACCAUCACCGUCACCAUUACCAUUAUCAUUAUCAUCAUCAUCAUCGUCAUCAUUAUUAUUAGCACCACCAUCACCAUCACCGUCACCAUUACCAUUAUCAUUAUCAUCAUCAUCGUCAUCAUUAUUAUUAGCACCACCAUCACCAUCAUCGUCACCAUUACCAUUAUCAUUAUCAUCAUCAUCAUCAUCAUCGUCAUCAUUAUUAUAAGCACCACCAUCACCAUCACCGUCACCAUUACCAUUAUCAUUAUCAUCAUCAUCAUCAUCAUCGUCAUCAUUAUUAUAAGCACCACCAUCACCAUCACCGUCACCAUUACCAUCAUCAUUAUCAUCAUCGUCGUCGUCAUUAUCAUCAUUAUCAUCGUCGUCAUCAUUAUCAUGGUCAUCAUCGUUACCACUACCACACUCCACCACUACCUCAUUAUCAUUAUUAUAUUUAACACAAUAUCGUCACUUUCAUAGUGAUCAACAUGAGAAUACGACUUAUCUAAUGGUCUCUUCAAAUGUGCGUGUUCAAGCCCCCCAGGGUUUAAUUGGUAUGUCUUUUCUUUUAUAGGUUGUGUGGAAAGCUACAAAGAGAGUCGGUGUUGGUAUUGCCGUUAUCAAGCGCGGCUUCUUGACCAAGACCUAUAUAGUAGCGCGAUACAGUCCUCCUGGGAACUACCAGGGACAGUUUAAACAGCAAGUAGGAAAUAGUGUCUUCGCUUUAAAGUGAGAAGGUAAGCAAGUGUACAGGCCAUAUCUCUGAUGUGAACCCCUUUAUACGCGUAGUUAUUAAACUUGUGUCAACAGAGUUGGCAAUGGGUCUACCAAAGUAUCGACCAUUAUAGGUAAGUAAGGGCGCCAGAUAUCAAUUAAGUAAGGAUAGUUGAUCAAUCUUCUCUUUUAGUAGAUGACCAGUGGGUUUUUCCUGAUGGAGCGCUUCAUCGUGAAUUGGUUUUCCGCCGUGCUCAAACGAAACUGGGGUCCAGUUAAUUUCCAAAGCAGGUUUUAAUUUCGAUAGAUUUCCUUAUUUUUUUAAGCAACAAACAGGAAGUUGUUCUGAUCACUGAAGUCAGCAGAAUCUCGAGCUUUUUAAAAUUUCUUCGUAGAACACAUACAACCAUAAUAGUCUGAUCUUAAGUGCCAAAGAUUUAAUAUUUCGGCCACUGCACAAUUUUUCCUUUUUUAUUUUACUACUAGUCAGUGCGAAGUCAUUUCAGCUACUCAGUUACCAGGAGUCGUACCGGGGGGGGGGGGUGACACUCAAGGGAAGUUUGGGUAGAGGUGUACCGCCGAGGCCUUUAAACCGUCGACCCUGUUUAAGACGAAAAUUGCUCAUUCCGCUACCCUAUUUAAGACAGGAGACACUACUUUUUGGCCCUGAUUUGUUUUGUUUUGCAAACAGAUUGAAGUAGUUUUUCACACCAAAAUUGUGGAAAUAGAUAUUUAGGAAAAAUUAUUGGUAUUGCAAAUGUGGACCGCUCAUCGCAAGUCUUCACACUCUUUGAAAGGGUUCCAGUCCAAAAACACACCCCUUUCAAGACGCUUAAUAGUGAAAUUGUAUACUCUGUAUAAGACUCAGAACCUUUAAAACCAUACCCUGCUCAGCGGCACAUACCCGUAUAGGCCAAAUAAGGGAGUCCUCCCCCCCGGAAGUCGUAAAGCUUCAUUGAAAGACUGAAGAAUACUUUUUAAGACUUAUCAAUGAUAUGUAUUUUGUUUCUUGCAGUUUCUUGCCUUUUCACAGUUGCAUGACGUUGCAUACAGUAUCUCGGUCAAUUCAAGGAAAUGCUUUCCAAUUUUAUUUCAGUUCAAGAGUAUGACGUUUAAUGGAGGAUACGAGCAAAGACUGAAGAAAAGUUGUUAAAGGGACAUUUCAAGUCCGGACAGCGUUAUUCUCCGAUUUAAAGCAUUCUCAUCGUCUGGAGUCUUAUAAUGAGAUAGUUAUUGGAAGAAUUUUCGUUGACUUGCAGACUGAAAGAAAUAGAAUUCUU